GAUAGUACUAACAUGAAAUAAUGAGAAAUUGUUCACUCUGUCACUGAUAACAGGAAGCAUAGAAAAUCUUAUGUUUACGUUCCUUUUUCCUUUUAAUAAAAUGGACAAAAAAUUGCAUCAAUGAAAUUGUCGAAUGAAAAUGAUUGCAAGUUGCAUUUGAACGCCAAGGAGGAGGACAUAUUGUGGAAACUUACAGAGUACGAGGAUAAGAGUGGCGAGGGUGGAGGAGGGACGACAUCGAACACUAAUGUUAUUUGGGUUCAGAACCCGUGGACGCAAUUGACCAAUACGGAAAAAGGGUCUGAGAUGCCAGCAGCUAUUAUCGGUAGCUCCCAACAUCCAAACAAUGAGGAGUGUGGCAUCAGGGAUGUGUGGGCCCAUAAUCUCGAGGAUGAAUUUAGGACUAUACGACAGAUUGUCCAGAAGUAUCCAUAUGUAGCAAUGGAUACGGAAUUUCCGGGUGUUGUAGCACGUCCUAUCGGUGAAUUCCGGAGCACCGCCGAGUACCAAUACCAGCUUCUCAGGUGUAAUGUGGAUCUGCUCAGGAUCAUCCAGUUAGGUUUGACCUUUCUGGAUGAAUACGGGAAAACGCCAGGGGGCUCGUACACCACAUGGCAAUUUAAUUUCAAAUUCAAUCUCUCGGAAGAUAUGUAUGCCCAAGAUAGUAUCGAAUUGCUACAAAAUUCUGGAAUUCAGUUUAAGAAACACGAAGAAGAAGGCAUCGAACCGUCCGAAUUCGCCGAGCUUCUGAUGACCUCCGGAAUUGUCCUUAUGGACAACAUCAAAUGGUUAUCCUUUCACUCAGGUUACGAUUUCGGGUACCUCAUCAAGUUGUUGACGGAUACCAACUUGCCGAUGGACGAGUCGGAUUUCUUCGAUUUACUGAAACUCUAUUUCCCAACAAUCUACGAUGUUAAGUACCUCAUGAAGUCUUGUAAAAACUUGAAAGGCGGUCUACAGGAGGUGGCGGAGCAGCUGGACUUGGAAAGAAUAGGCCCACAGCACCAGGCUGGAUCUGAUUCGCUACUUACUGGAAUGGCGUUUUUCAAAAUGAAGGAGAUGUUCUUUGAGGAUACGAUCGAUGAUUCAAAGUUUUCCGGCCAUCUUUACGGUCUGGGCACAUCGUUCGUGGUGAACGGCAACGCUAAUAGCUACGGCACUGACAACGGUGAUAACAGCAACUCCUCAUGAAAACCAUGAGCAACAUACAAAAAAAAACAUAUAAUACACACACACGUGCGCGCAAUCGCUCGCUCGCAUUCGUAAACAAAAAACAUGAUGAAAAAAAACAAUAUUAUAUAUUAAUUAAGUAAAUAUUUUAUCCACAAACUUUAAUAAUUAUUAUAUUUUACAAAAUACAAUUGUUUUUAUACUUUUGCGAAAACGAUUGAUUGUCUCUCCGUAAUUACUAUUCUCUUUCUUUCUUUUUUUGUUCAUAAAUUAAUGAACUACUUUUUACUUUAUUUUACUCUUUUUUUUUGUAAGAUAGGAAAACUGGUGAGCCAGCCACCCAUCCUUUCUUUUUUUUUUACUAUUUACCAAGAUAUUAAUUUGUAGAUUGUGUUAAGUGUUUCGUUUCUUUUUUCUCUCGAUAAUUGAUGAUACAAUGAGGUGAGAUUUGAACUUUAUGAUGAUGAGAUAUGAGAAGGGAAAAAAGUAAUAAUUUUUAUUAAUAAAAGUGAUUCAAAGUGCA